AUUCACAACGAAUCCAGACAUUUCACACGUGCUGAAAUUGUUUUAGUUUUUGUUUUUAUAAAUACACAGCGCAAUGGCCGGCAAUGACGGCGACUCCGAAUCUGGCAGUGACUAUGAGGUGGAGGUGCAUGUAAAGCCUGAAAGAGUGCGCCGCACAAUCAAUGAUGACUCUGCUGAUCUUUUGGGGAAUUUCGAUGACGAGAAACGUAAGGAAAUUUUCGAAGGUACUUAUGUGGACAAAGAAAUUACAAGAAAUCCAAGUGAUUCGGAAAGUAGCGAUGACGACAUAGCAAAUCAUCAAGAUGACGAGAACGGUGGAGAAGUGGAUCAAGUAGUCGAUGGUGUGGGAUCUGAGAGUGAGGGCUCCGCCUCCGAGGAAGAACACCAUGAAGAUGGACAUAUAAGCAAGGAUCAGCUGAAUAGCUUGCUUCGUGGUGCAUCUAAAGUGAACAGACAUGUACUCUAUGUAACCAAUCUUAACUUCGAAACGACAAAGGACGAUCUGGAGUCACACUUUUCAGUGGCUGGUGCAGUUAAAUCCAUACGCAUCCCUAAAAAGCGCCGUGGUGGCUUUGCCUUUGUGGAAAUGGUGGACUUACUUGGUUUCCAACAAGGUUUUCGAUUGCACAAUACCGAGCUGCAGGGAAGAAAAAUAAAGGUGCAAAUAUCGGAGGCGGGCAAAAAGAAGUCGGCCAAUAAAAAGAACAUUAUCAAACAGAAGAAUCGUAAGUUGGCCGAGAUGCGCAACGAGCAGAAGACAUUUACAAAGAGUGGGAAGUUCUACGAUAAAGAUCUGAAGAAGGAAAAGGCCAAGGAUUUGUUGGCGCGCAAGCGCUGGCGUAAACCCAAAGCAAAAUAAUGUAAAUACUUAGUAGAAAACUCUUAAUUAAAAUAAUAUAACUUAAA